AAAAAGAAAAACACCCAAAAAAAUAAAAAUAACAGAGCAGCUCAGCAUUACUAGCUUUAGAGGAAAACGUGGGAAAACAAAACUCUCUGAAAACUUCCUUUUCCAAGAUAAUCAGAUGCGGCAGCCAAACCUGUCUCUGAGAUCCCCCGUUUACCCUAUUAGGCAGGGGGCUGGAAAGAGCAGAGCACUCGUCAAAUUACAGAGAUCUGUCAUCUUAAACCCUUGUUAUCAAAUGACAGAAGGCAGUGAAACAUUCUACAAACGACUCUGUUUUCCAGCUUGUUUUACAAGAUCAGUGCACAAGCUAAAGCCAUACAGAAGGGAACAAGGAAGAAGAACCUUUAUAGCAUCUUCCAGGAAGUGUGUGCAUUGUAGAGGUCUGCAGCUGAAGCUCUCCAAGGAGAGAGCUCUAGCUGUGAGCACGGCUGGCUGGGUGCCUGGUCUCUCAUUGGGAAGCUUGGCUGUUUGUCGUGCUGAUGAAGAACUUGUCGCUGCCUUGCUGAAAGCUGCAUCCCUUGGAGGACUCACACACCACCAUGCCAGCCCAGCAGAAGAAAAUUAUCUUUUGCAUAGCUGGGGUGCUGAGCUUUGCUUGUGCGCUGGGGACAGCGGCAGCCAUCAGCACUCAGCUGUGGGUUAAGGGGACGAUACUCUGCAAGACUGGAGCCCUGCUCGUCAACGCCACUGGCCAGGAGCUGGAGAAGUUCAUUGGCGAAAUCCAGUAUGGGCUUCUGUAUGGCGAGCGUGUGAGACAGUGUGGGCUCGGGGGGAGACCUUUCCAGUUUUCAUUUUUUCCAGAUUUGCUCAAAAUUAUCCCUGCAAGUAUCCAUGUUAGUGUCAUUCUCUUCUGUAUAGUACUGAUCAUCUUUGCUCUGGUGGGAGCAGGUUUCUUCAUGUUCAAUGCUUUUGGCAGCCCAUAUGAAACUCUGCAUGGUCCUGUUGGGUUGUACCUCUGGAGCUUCAUUGCAUGUUCCUGUGGGUGUCUCAUUAUGAUUCUAUUCUCGGCAGAAGUGAAAAUCCACCACCUUUCAGAGAAAAUUGCUAAUUUCAAAGAGGGAAGUUUUAUAUUCAAGACCCACACUGAAAAGUUUGCAAAUUCAUUCUGGAUCAUCCUGGUUUGCUCCCUGUUGCAAUUUCUGAAUGGCUUGCUAAUACGAUUUGCUGGAUUUGAAUUUCCCUUUUCAAAAUCAAAAGAUUCAGGGACCAUCACUGGAGCAGCUGACCUGAUGUAUUAGAAUUACAUCAUUUAAAAACAUUUCAAGCAAAGCGGUCCAUCACUAUGAUAUU